CGUAAUUUGGCGACGCUCUAAUAACAGGACAACCCGCGCGCUCAUUCUGGGGAGAUCUUGUCAACGUAUACGAUGUUGUAUACAUGAAAAGUGUAUAUGGGAUAAUAAUAUUGACAAUAAAUGUACUUAUUCCCAGUGGAACAUUCCAAGGGCGGAUGAAUUGCGCAGUGAGGAACGUCCUGUGCUUUUGGCUACUUGGAAGUUUUUGGAUCACUCAAGAGUCUGGCGAUGUCGUUGUGAUUUUGCGACCUGACUCUGAAUUAUGGAUGGAGAUGGACACCUUGGUGUUGGCAGACCCAGUGCUUCAUACGGUGACUCUAAACUACGCACCAGAGGUAGCUUCUCCCUACCUAGCUUGCGUUCUUCUUCAAGGACUUUUGGAGAACGAGUUGGAGAGGAGGUAAGCAGAAGGCUGUUGUCCAAUAUGAAUCACCACCAGGAACGAACAGACUUGGGCACCAAUCCCACCUCAAAAUCCCUCGAGGUUACAGCACGGUUGGAUGGCACGACUGAAACAACCACUGUAAACACAUCCAGUCCACCUCGCUUGGACAAAGCCAUGCACGAACCAACAGGGCCUACGAGAGACCCCCCACCAUCCGAAUCAGAGGAGAGGGUCUUCUCGAACCAAUCCACAUUUCUCCAGAGACAAUUCAGCUCCUUGCUGCAGCCAGGUGUGAACAAGUUCUCCUUGCGAAUUUUCGGUAGUGCAAAGGGUGUAGCAGCCGAGCAGGAGCGGGUCAAGUCAUUUGGGGUGUGGAUUAUACAUCCAUACAGUGACUUCAGGUUCUAUUGGGACUUCAUUAUGCUUUGCCUGAUGAUGGGCAACCUUGUCAUUCUACCAUGGGGAAUCACUUUCUUUGAAGAUCAGAACACGCUGCCAUGGAUCACCUUCAAUGUGGCCUCCGACACUCUCUUCCUGGCCGACCUCGUCAUCAACUUUCGUACUGGCAUUAUGGAGGGUGACAAUUCCCAGAUCAUCCUGGACCCGCAAGUGAUCCGUCGGCAUUACCUACGAGGCUGGUUUCUGGUGGACUUCAUCUCCUCCAUCCCAGUGGACUACAUCUUUCUGAUUGUUGAUAUAGAGUCCCGCCUUGAGUCAGCAGAGGUGUACCGCACCGCUCGGGCAUUGCGCAUUGUCCGCUUCACCAAGAUCCUCAGCCUGCUCAGAUUAUUGCGCUUGUCCAGACUUAUCCGGUACAUUCAUCAGUGGGAAGAGAUAUUCCAUAUGACCUAUGAUCUAGCAAGUGCAGUGGUUCGCAUAGUGAAUCUGAUUGGAAUGAUGCUGCUGCUGUGUCACUGGGAUGGCUGCAUGCAGUUCAUGGUACCCAUGUUGCAGGACUUCCCGUCAAACUGCUGGGUCUCCAAAAACAACAUGGUGAAUGCCACCUGGGACGUCCAGUACUCUUAUGCCCUCUUUAUGGCCAUGAGCCAUAUGCUGUGUGUUGGGUAUGGAGCUCAGGCACCUGAGGGACCAACUGAUGUCUGGAUGACUAUGAUUAGCAUGAUUGUUGGCGCCACAUGCUACGCCAUGUUUUUGGGCAAUGCUACCAACCUGGUCCAGUCAUUGGAUGCCUCCCAUCGUCAGUACCAAGAGAAGUAUAAGCAAGUGGAACAGUACAUGUCCUUCCAAAAGCUGCCUGCUGACAUGAGACAGAGGAUUCAUGAUUACUAUGAGCAUCGAUUCCAGGGCAAGAUGUUUGAUGAGGAAAACAUCCUUGGAGAACUCAGUGACCCACUCAGAGAGGAGAUAGUGAACUACAAUUGCCGCGGGCUGGUGGCUAACAUGCCACUCUUUGCAAAUGCUGAUCCUCACUUCGUCACAGUGCUCCUCACAAAGUUGCGCUUUGAGGUCUUUCAGCCGGGUGAUAUGGUCAUCCGUGAAGGGACGAUUGGGCGUAAAAUGUACUUCAUCCAACAUGGCUGUGUCAGUGUGAUCACUCAUGACAAUAAAGAAAUGCAACUUAAUGAUGGCUGCUACUUUGGGGAAAUAUGUCUACUUACCCAUGGACGUCGUACAGCCAGCGUCAGAGCAGAUACCUACUGCAGACUUUAUUCACUCAGUGUGGACAGCUUUAAUGAGGUUUUGGAAGAGCACCCAUUAAUGAGAAGAGCGUUUGAAAGCGUAGCUGUGGACCGCCUGGAUCGAGAGGGAAACAGCAUUGUGUAUUCACAAAAAACCAUGGAUGAUGAUGGGGACUGACAGAUUUUUUGCGCGAUAUCUUCUGCUCAACUUGGUGAACCUUGACUUACCAGAGACCCACUGAUAAAUCAUCAAAAUUAAUGCAGAAAGAGUGGAGGAAAGUGUUACAGUGUUCACAUAAGCACCUUUGCUACAUGAAUUGACUUUAAUGAUGUUGUAUAGUUGCAAUAUAGGGUGAUUUAUCUAUUCAAAUGUUUUUUAUUCUUCCUUUGACAGUGCAAUGCAUAAGGAUAUCAAAAUAAGCAAUACCUGUCCAGUAGUUCUAAUAAUGUUUGGUUGUCUAUUGAGAUACUGAAUCUAUAAUUUACUUCCAUUUUGAUGGUUUGUUAAGUAGUUAGCAGGGACUUUGCACAACAUGCUACGCAAAACAAUAUCUAUGCAGCAGUAUAUUACAAUACAGUAAAAUUAGAACAAUACAACAUAAUUAAAUGAACAUAGACAUGGUUCACAAAGACCCCGAAUGUUUUGACUGUUACCGUCUCCUACUCACCUAUAGUUUCAAAUAAUAGUUGUUUUUAGUCCGUUAGACCUAAUUAAUUCCUCCUUGAACAUUUUGCAUUGAGCAAAAUAUCUCAAAGAUGGACUUAACUUACCAAGUACAUCUGUUUAAUAGAGGUAGACUGAUAUAUCGGUUUACCGAUUAAUCUGUGCUGAUAGUUGCUUUUUGGAACUAUCGGUUAUCUGCAAAAAUCUAUGUCGAUAGUUGCUGGUAGUUUUUUAAAAUCUUUUUGUCAUUUAAAAAUAAGAGUCCUGGUGUGUUUCUGGCUUGUUUAUACUUAAAAAUCUCACAUUAUACAACAAAUCUGAUUAUUGGGAUUUUGGUUGAACAAAAAACUGCAUCUGGGAUUUUAUUCAUUUUGGACUCUUUGUCUUUGCCCGCCAUAGUAAAGAAAUAAUUAUUAUUUUUCCUUUACAUUCUAUGUAUCGAUUUUAAAAACUAUCUGCCGAUUAAUUGGUUAUCGGCAUCAGCAAAAUCCACUAUGGGUCGACCUCUACUGUUUAAUAGCUGUUUAGCUCUUUUUUUCACCCAAAAAUAACAAUUUUGUCAUUUAUACACCAUUUUGCUUCAUACAUUCUUUCCUCCAUAAAACACAAAAGGAGAUUUUAGGUUGGAGAUUUUCACUUUAAUUGUAAUAUGCAAUGACAGUAAAUGGUGACUGAUGCUGUCAGCUAACAGCUUUUUUGUUUCAUGGUAGAAAGUCAUAAGGAUUUUUAACAACAUAAAGGUGAGUUGAAGAUCUCUAGAUGUACAACGGAUGCCUGCUGGAGGCAAACAAAUAAUCAAAUCAUGUUAAAUAAAAAAAAAUUACAUGACGUGAUAAGAUCAUACAUGUGUCAAUCUGCUAUCUGGAUCAACAUUGACCAUUUAAGAAUAAUAGUAGCAAAAGAUGUCUGCUAACAGAGCUGGUACAGCCUGUCCAAUGUCCUCUUCACUUUGAAUAAGUAUUAAGCAAUGUGAGUCAUAUAAUCACUGAUUAAACUAAUUGUGUUCUGCCCUGAUGCAGAAUAAUCAGUCAUGAAGAAACUAACCCUUUAGGAAAAGAAUGUUUUCAAUUGUCAAAAAGCAAGUAAUAUAUAAAGUUUUAACUAUAUUUUGUUAGUACAUUUUCUACUCUGCUGUGUGAUGGGAAAUUUAAACACCACACAAUCUGAUAUCACUGACUGUGAUGACGAUGAUUGUGAAGCAUGUUGACAGUUAUGGAUACAAUAUUGGAAUUAUAAGAACAUCUAAGAGCAACGUGAUUUGAAGAAUACGUUUAUUUCCUUCACAUUGUAAUAUUUAUGUACUGUAAUAUAAUUUUUCUAAAUAGAAAUGCUAAUAUGAUGAACUGUUUAAGUCAAAUAUGACUACAUUACUAAAGUGCUGUUGGAGUUUUCAGAAGCUCUUCUUUCGGAUACAACUUUAUGUAUACAUGGUCUCUGUAGGUGUCUGUCCUGUAAUUAAUAAACAGCUGCACAGUAAGAUGCUGUGACGAUUGCUACCACUAUAGGUUGCAAUAAAGAUUCUUCCCUGAAUACAUAAAGAUACAGUGCUUACUAAAAUACACCCUAAACUACUUCAUUGUUAAUGUAUCAUAGCGUUUAGAUGAAUAUUCAGUUCACUUGCAUGAUUCUUUAUUGUUCAUGUCAUUCAGUUACACAAAAAGGCACUGCUUUAUUACUUCCAGCGAAUUACAGUUUGUUUCAAUUAAUUGUAUCCUACAAAAUAA